UAACAACAUCUCUAACAACAUCUCCAAACGCCGAAGUGCUAGUAUCCUUUAGUACCUAGAAGCAAUAUCGGAAAUCCGAUUGGCCUAGGCCUGCGAGCGUUUAUCAUCGAGAUAACUAGUAAUUCCAUUUGCAACAAACAUGUCAUCAAACUCGCAAUCCUACUCCUACAGUUACUACAGCUCCUCGACAUCGUCGAACGGCGGCCCCCCACAGACCACAGCUUACGCUGAGCGCAGCUACACGGAUAAGGAUGGUACAACUACCGAGCGUCUACGUAAACUACCUGGGCAGCAGCCUGUUUACGAGUCCGCAGGGCGAGCAGGCGAUAACCACGUAGAGGGGAGAGCCUCAGGCUCACAGAACCGCAUCACUGAUGUCACGGAUGUCGAUCGGCAAUACCUAGAACGCAUGGGGGAAGAGUACGCAAAGAGAGAAGGCGGUGCUUAGAUGAACGAAGAGGACAUACUUUGUAUGAUAAGGCUGAUGCAGGUGAAGAGGAAUGGCACGGCGGGGUGAUUUCAUGGUGUUAGAGAUAGGCAGAAUGGUCGAAUUAUGAACUGCCCCAUCUUCGGCGCUAUUAAAUGUUAACAUCGAUGCCUCCUCAUCAAGAACUACACAGUAGAGCUGCUACGUGAAUACGAUACUCCACGAAUGGGGGAUUCCGCAGCAUGGAUAGUCCCGCAUACGGGGUUACCCGCAGUGACGGCGCGAACUCUACUCGUCAAAGGACGAGAUGAUUGACUGCUGCAGCUUUCGAUUAUCUCUUGUAAUGUGAUCGCGUACUCGUCCCGCGCCUUUCUAUUGCA